AUGAAAUACUUAUUAACUAUCACUUUUUUAGUUACCUUAUGCUGCUUUUGCAUGUGUGAAUAAAAAAAUUGCUCUGUUAAUCUUACAUGCAACAGUUCAGAUAAUAUUUGCGAAAAUGAGCUAUCUCAAUUUUAAUAAUGCGUUUCUUCUAAAUGCAACUCUUAGAAAAUUUAAUCUUAAGAUGCUUAGGAAAUUUUUGAUUGCUACUAUAUCAAUUGCAAACCAACCUAUCAGCCACUUUUAUCAGAAAUUAUGAAUGUAUUUUCAUGCUUAAAUUUAAGUAUCUCUGAGUCUGAGGAGCAAGUAGAUGAAGAAAAAGAAGACUUGGAAGAAUUAAAGGAAUAUCUAAAUAAAACUAGUGAUGGUAAAUGCCUUGCAAAAAUGAUAGGCGACUGCUAAGCUUCUUCAAACGAAUGUGUUACUAGCUUCUACAUUUAACUAAAAUGCAUAUAAUAUUAAUGUGAUUUAAAAGAAGAUCAUACCAUAAAAGAAGUUAAUUAAUGCAUUUAAAAUACUUGUUAAUCUAGCUUUAAUAAACUUAAAUAGCUCAACAACUAAUUUUCUUAGUGCUUGUCUUAAAGUUAUUUGAUUGGCAUUUCAAUAUCCUUUUUCUUAAUCUUAUUAAUAUUAUGA